AUGAUUGCCUUAAUUGUGGCUCUUGCUGCAAACCAAGGCAUAGGAAGACACGGGAAACUCCCCUGGAAACAUCCCCUCAAGACAGACAUGGCCUGGUUCAGAAUCCUCUCCCAGAGCGUCCCUAUCCUUUCCCCCGACCACAUCAGCCUCUCCCCCUCCAAAUCAAAUGUCGUCGUCAUGGGCAGAAAGACAUGGCACUCCAUCCCCUCGCGCUUCAGGCCCCUUCAAAACCGCAUCAAUGUCGUCUUGUCAAGAUCCUCCCUCCCCCAUUCCCAGAACACCUUCUUCAUCCCAAGCUUCGCCGCCCUCGACCAUCUACCUCUUCCCCCAUCUCCUGCAACCUUUGUCAUCGGAGGACAUGACAUCUAUGCCCUUGCAAUCCAGACAGGCAGGGUCCAGGCCAUGUUUGUCACAGAGGUCCACGAGUCCCCAGAAUGCGAUGUGUUCUUCCCUCAGGUCGACUGGUCUUCCUACCAAAAGAGAGACAUCACUCGCGAUGUCGCCAGGCUUGUGGACACCACCCUUGUAGAUGCCUUCUACAUCCCAGAAGAAAACAUCUUCAACGAAGGCGGCAUCUCCUUCAAGAUGUUCAUUUACACCAAACUACAUCCUUAG